AACGGCUUCCUAAUAAGUUAGAAGUAGCGUUAAUUUAAGCAAUGUUUUGAAACAUUUAUUUAUGGGUGUUUUUGUCUAACGUUAUUUUCACUAUCGCUUAGAGCGAUAAACGGUGAAUUCCCCCUACUCGCGUCGGUGACGUUUCCGUUAGCUAACGUUAUGUUGACGCUAAUUUAGCACCGAAGUUAACGUUGGCUUUCGAUCAAACCAACGGGCCGGCCGGCCGUUAGCUAACGGUUACCACCCCGCUAACCCCAGAACUUCAGCAGACGACGAUGACGAUAAUAACUGCUGACGUUACUAUAACUCGUUAUUGUAUCUCGGAUAUUAUGUAAUCUGGCUCGUGUAGUUCGCUCGCCCGUCGUCUCUAUAACCGACCCCUCGGUGUUGCUAGCUGGGCUGUCGUUCAGGGAGGUGUGGGGGGCGGGGGGAGAAAAAGAAACUACGCCGGAGGACAAAACAAGCUCAGCUUUCCCUUUUACGAAGUUGGUGGGUGCCGUUAUCAUGAAGUAAACUGUCCGUGGGGGCGUUCGGCUGCUGUGGUGACCCCGUUUGCUCCAGCACGUUGAAAAGAUUGCCAGGGAGACACCGGGUUUAAAAUGACGGCCCUCAGGUCCAGAGUUUGCUUCUGUGCGGGGUUCGUGGUGGGAACCUUCAUGCUGUACGCGUUUCUGCGCCAGGUGGGCUUCGAGAGGACUUUAUCGCCACAGACGUCCGGCAGUUUCAAUCAACUUCGCGGCCACCAGCAGCCCGACGAAGAGAAGAAUAUAUGGAAGAAGGAGAGGUCUGCUCUUUUCAACCUGAAGCAUCCUCAUCAUAUAGGCGAGGAUAGCGGCAUGGCGGAUGAACUGUUCAAAAAGGUGCGUAUUCUUUGCUGGGUGAUGACUGGACCCAACAACCUGGAGACGAAGGCUCGGCAUGUGAAGUCUACUUGGAGUCGCCACUGCAAUGUUAUUGUCUUCAUGAGCUCUGUGGAGGAUCCCAACUUCCCCACAGUGGGCUUAGGAACGAAGGAGGGCCGGGACCAGCUGUAUUGGAAAACAAUCCGGGCCUUCCAUUACGCCUACGAGCAUUACAGCAACGAGGCGGAUUGGUUCCUCAAAGCAGAUGACGACACCUACGUAAUCGUAGACAACCUGCGUUGGGUCCUUUCGAACCACACGCCGGACGAGCCAAUUUACUUUGGCCGAAGAUUCAAGCCCUACACCAAGCAGGGCUACAUGAGCGGUGGCGCAGGCUACGUGUUGAGCAGAGAGGCUCUGCGGCGGUUUGUUGAGGGAUUUAAAAGCAAGGUUUGCACUCACACAACCUCUGUGGAGGACCUGGCAAUGGGGCAGUGCAUGGAGAAAGUUGGAGUGCUGGCAGGGGACACCAGGGACACUUGGCACAGGGAGACAUUUCACCCAUUUAUCCCCGAACAGCACCUCACUGGCAAGCUUCCCAAGAGCUUCUGGUAUUGGAGCUACUGUUACUACCCAAUCUCAGAGGGUCCAACCUGCUGUUCGGAUGUUUCCGUGUCGUUCCACUAUGUAGAUGCUUUAAACAUGUAUUUAAUGGAGUACUACACGUAUCACCUGCGUGCCUUUGGCUACAGAUAUCGGUACCAGCCCCCGGCCCCAGCGGGGUACAGUGUUGAGCACUCGAGUUCCUGGGAUGCUACGGAUGAAAAAGAAGUGCAGACAUCCCAGGGGAAAGAGCCAGGAAGGGGGGAUGAUCCAUCCAGGACUGACAAGAGACAUGAUAAAGAUCCCCCCCCUCCCCCUGCGGCUAGACAGGAGCUUCCUGCUGUUCCUGUUCCGGUAAAUGUUUGACUUUGAGGGUGUGUCGGUUUGCGAAGGAAGUCUGAUAAUCUUGGCUGAAAUCUUUACAAAAGUAAAAAAUAGGUAUUUGAAAUGUCACACAAAAGUGCGUUUCUGAUUGCCUGCUGCUACUGAGAAUUGCGACUGAAGAGACCACGUUCAAAAUCAUUGAGCUGGCCUUUGAGGCUAAGAAGUGAUUCAUGACUUAACCUCAUUCUAUUUUUGGUGGUUUUACAGAUGAACAUUUUCUUUAAAAAUUGAUAAUAGCUUUCUGUAACCUCCUGCUCAUUUGUUGAUUAACUAAAGCACCUCUUUAAUCCAUAUGAACCUAUUAUGUUUAAGAAAAAUUUGAAAAAUAAAGGGUUUUAAUUUUUAUUUAAAUGAAAGUGCCUCACCUUGCAAACAAAUCAAACCAUCUAUUUUUAACGUCACAACGUUUUGCAUCCAAAACUAGUCAGUCUGUAAACUAAGGUUGUCACAAUACAGGCAAAAGUAAUGUUUUGUCCCCAAGUGGAGAAAUGAAUCCUUUUAUCUGAAUGUAUGCUGCGGUAAAAAAAGUAUUUACAUUUGUAUUAACUAGUUUUUUAUUACAAUUUGUGACUAGGGCUGCAGCGACUGCUAUUGUGUUCAUCACUGAUUUAAUCUUUUUAUCUAUCUUCUCAUUGUUCGACCCAUAAGAUGUAAAGAAAAUAGCAAAAACUGCACUUAAGAUUUCCUAUUCAAAUAACAUUUAAUGAUAAACCGUGAAACACAAAUACGAUGAAUUCAUUACAUGUAAAAGAAAAUAAGCAGCAGACUAUUUUAAACAAUAUUUUGAAUAGUUGAUUUUCGGCCGUCUAAUUGAUUAACCAACUUAAUUAACUGUUACUGUGAAAGUGAAGGUGAUUUUAGCUUUGAUCUUGCAGCCCUAAUCCAGUAUUAGUGCACUAGAAAAAGGCAAAUAUGUCGUAUUAUACCUCUUCAAAGAUAUUUAAACCCCCCCAGAAAAUACAGAUAGGAAGUUAAUUUCAGCAGGAAGCCAUUGCUCCGAUGGAUGAGUGUGUCUCUCUUUUGCAAAUACAAAUACAAUGAGGUGAGAAAGAUGCUUCUAAAUGAAAGCCAAAUAAUUAGAUGUAUACAGUCCAGCCAAAGAAUUCCACGAGGGAUGAUACCAGACACACAACCUGGUGUGUUUCAAUUGUUGUAAUUUGUGUAUGUUCAGUGAACUGUGUACUUUCAGGAUGUUUGUUAUCUACUCUGCAAUACAAAGGUUCAGAGUAAAACACACCUUGAGAGAGAGGAGGAGCUUGUUGCUGGAGUAUAGUUAGUGGAAUGAAUUCUGUGUAUGUGCUUCCUGAUUCGUCACUUGGCACCUGCACUGUCCACUCAUCUAGUUUGUGCCUUGUCAAAUUGAGAUUGUAGGAUUCAUCCGCUGCACACAAGACUUGCACUGUGACGUAACCAUGAGAGUGAUGCUUUCAGAUACUCAAUACUUAUACUUACUGAAUCCUUCCAAUGUAAUGAGCAUAUCUUUUUGUAAAGCCUGUGGGUGACUUGUUCCUUCAAAGAGCUAGAAAAUGUUUAUUUUAUUUUCUACAAUGUUUGCAGACCCUAUGUUUUUGUGUUUGUACACACAGUACAGUGGUUGUGCCUCAGUUCCUUUUUAUUACUUUGUGUCCAAACAAAUAAUUCAUUUUGUGGGUGCAGCAGUAAUUACCAAAUACAAUUGUUAUUCAGACAGAAUAGUUGGUUCUUAGUGAAAACUGAUUGCACUUUUGAGCGAUUAUAAUUGCUGUUUUUCUUUUUAACCACUUAAACCUCUUAUUGUCGUUCAAGGUUAGAAUGUAUGAGGUAAUGCCUUUUGUACGUGUUUACACUCAGCUGCCAUCUUAUUUCAGUGCUUAUGUUCAGUUUAUUAAAAUCCAAAAUCCAGUUUAAACCAAAUCAGAAUAAUUUAAAUAAUUGCUUCAGUUGAAAUGACAUAUGUCCAGUUUUCAGUAGCUGAGGGCUUUAGGACACAUUCAUCUGCGAGCAGUUCGGGGGGCCCAAGACAUCUGGUUUCUAAUGCCGUACAUCCAGUCCUUGACAAUCAGCUCCAUUAGGAUUCUAUCUACGGGAGAGCGUGUACAGUGCUGUAUUUAUAUUUGAAGUGUAUAUGUGGUGGGAUUGAUGUCUUAAUUGAGUCAAUGCAGUUAAGUGUGUAAAUGAGUUUUGAGUGACCACAUGUGAUCAGUGUGCAGGGUUGUUUGGUACUUUAAUCACUAUAAAUAAACGCAUAUUUUACUGUA